AUGAAGGGAGUGGAGGAGGAGAAGGUUGGGGAGAUGAGGGAGAGAGGGUUCUGCGUGAUCGACGAGUUCAUGGGGAGGGAGAGGGCGAGGAGGAUGAGAGACGAGAUCAGCAUGCUCAAGGAGAUGGGCAAGCUCACCCCCAACAAGGUUCAGUUCUCCCUCAACGGACGCAUCGAGCACUUCACGAAGCCCAACAUCUACGAGGCCGACAUGCACGACCCCAGCAUCCGCGAGCAUGUCACGGAGCUCACGGAGCUCUUCUUCUCCGACGAGAUGGUUCAGCUCCUGCAGGAAACGUUUCCCGAGCUCCACCUCAAGCUCGGCACCAGGGCCAGGACCCUCAAGUUGCAGAUGAAUGCAGGGCAGGGAGGAUGUUUCCCGCUGCACUACGACAACCCCGGCAGGCCGAACAUGAGGAAAGUGACGUGCCUCCUGUACCUCAACGAGGGAUGGAAGGAGGGAGACGGGGGCGAGCUGGAGCUGGUCCCGUUCCUGGGGAAGCCUGUGGUGAUUGAGCCGAUCAUGGACAGGAUGGUGUUGUUCAGGAGCGACCUGCUGCUGCAUCGAGUGCUGCCCAACAAGGAAGCGAGGUACUGCCUGACGAUAUGGAUCGAUGCGGAGGAGGGGCACGUGAACCGGGACGAAGACGUCAUGCUCAAGAUCAGCAGGAAGGAGGAGAGCAUCGAGAGCGUCGUAGAGCAGCUGAGGAGAUCACCGUCCCAACGGGCCCUCAGCCGAGCGAUCUAUGACCAGGAGUACAAGCAGUCCAUCCUUGACUGCAUGCAGACGUCUGAAGAGGUGAAGCCGAUGAUCGCCGCACAUGAGCUGCACGUGGCCGCCACCCACGCUAACGCGACGCUGAGCAGCCUCGUCCGACUGCUCGCGUCCUUGCGGGAAGACGUCUAG